AUGCGCUGCCCACCUGAUGAUUUGGAUCCCCGCUUACAUGUCCGACACCCAAAGAACCAGGUCCCAAGGCCGGUGUGGAGCAGUGAGGGCUUUCCAGCGGGCUUGGACGCCAGUGGGAGGCGAGUGAUAGUGCGUCUAUCAUUCCUUCCCGUGCCCGCAUUCCGUUUCUACUUGCGUUCCGCCUCCUCGAGCCGCUGCGGCCUCUCUGCGCCUGUCCUCUCCUGUGCCGCCUUCCUGCACACGUUUGGCGUCCCGCUUCCUCAGCUCCCCGGCACCCCUCCUCGCGCCUCCAGUCCUCCUCCUGGAGGCGUCUCCACCCAUCAGGCACCGGCUCACGCUCCUCCCUUCUCCACAGCCUCUCCUCCGCGCGCAUGCUCCUCCACGAGCGGCGCAGCCUUCUCUGCCGCUGAUAACUUUGCGGUAUCUUGUACUGCUUUCUUGAGGAGGGAUUCUUUCGAAGGUGGUGAUGCUCAUUGUGAUUGUUAUGGUUGCGAUGACGGCGCUCGUGCUGAUGGGCAGUGGGAGGCGGAAGGACACUUCGCUGUGUUCGGUAUAUGGCGAGAAUUUGUUCUGCAAAGCGCGUUAACGCCGGGUGGGCAGGAGUUAGCUACCCAGUUCACGACGAGAUUGGUCCUGUUUGUGAACGCACCCACUCCCGCCAUGACGAUCUUCAAGCACGAGUUCGCUCAGGUCAAGCUUGAUUUCAAUCUUCUGUCCUCGAAAUCGGAAGCACUGCUCGUGAUACUGCCAAGGCUGCCCGAACCGUCUGAACAAGCCCUGCGUGCGCGAUGA